AUGCAGUCGCUUGAAUUGCGCGUAGUUUAUCUGGAAGCGCUUCUCCGAGAAUCACGUCCAGAUAUACCCUUGAAUGGAGAUAAUCAGCAUGAGCUCAGGAAUAUUGAGUCUAAUACUCCGCUUGUUCCAACAACCUCGGCCCAGGCACCGGAAGCUCCAACCUUCAGCCAAUUACAGGACUCGCCGGGGGCAUACACGAGUCCUCUCUGUAUGCAAGAAGCAUCAUCAUCAUCAUCAAUUCCAAAAGAACACGCCGGGCAGGUCGACCAUCUCUCUUCGGAAGUUGCCCUACUGUGUCUCAAUGCCGCGGGUGGUGAGCCCCACUAUUUCGGUCCUUCGUCGGCGGUCUUAUUCUCGAGGAUCAUUAGUGCAACAAUGGGUCUCAAAAGCGAGAAAUCGUCAUCGUCGCCGCGUACUUUUGAAGACUCGGAAAGAAGCCAUUCUGACGCACAGCCUGAUGGAGUACUAGGACUACCAUCACCAAGUGUUGCAGCUAAUCUAUCGCGGGCUUAUUUCGAUAAUAUUCACCCUCAGUAUCCUUUUCUCCACCGACCAACAUUCUGCAAAUGGGAGCAGGAUGUUUGCAAAUCUAGCCAGUCAGUACACAAUCCUGCCGCCGGAGAGGUUCCACUAUUUUUCGUCCUUAUGGUCUAUGCGACAGGCUCCCUUGUAUUGAAUCAAAGUCAGCACGGUGCCGCAGCGCUCAAACUAUAA